CCACUUCGCACAGCCGACACGAUGGGCGCGGACAAGCCUAACGGGGUCGUCAACUACUGCAGGCGACCUCCACAUAGACCCUUCUUCAAGAGGAUACAGUACGCUAUAUGGAAUCCGGAAGAGAGAACGUUCCUCGGAAGAACUGGCAAGCGAUGGGGUGUGAUCGGUCUGAUAUACCUGGUGAUGUACAUCUGUAUCAUCAUCUUCUUCUCUAUAUGCAUGUGUGGUCUGCUCUCUGCGAUGGACGAGAGGGUACCUUACUUUACCUUAGCUGAAUCUAUUAUUGGAGAUAAUCCAGGCAUGGGACACAGACCUAUAAUAUACGAAGAAGGAGCCCUCAUAUGGUAUGACGCGGAUAACGCAACCCAGAUAAAGAAAUACGUUGACAACAUCAAUGAGUUCUUAGCGCCCUACGAAAAUAGUUCUCUCCUUAUAAACAAGGGUGUCAACCAGCGGGAAUGUGGCGACGCCAAGCCUCCUCGCAACGAGGUGUGCUCAUUCGACAUAAAUCUCUUGGGGCCCUGCUCUAAGGAAAACCACUUUGGGUUCAAAAAUAGGACACCGUGCAUCAUUAUAAAACUAAACAGGAUAUUUGAUUGGAAUCCAAAUUUCUUCGACGAUCCCGAGAACCUGCCACCCGAGAUGCCACCUGAUAUAAAGAACUACAUCAAUUCAACAACAAGACCUCAGGAACGUCGUAAAGUGUGGGUGUCUUGUAUGGGCGAGAGGCCAGCAGACAUUGAUGCCAUAGGUCCUCUGAUGUAUUGGCCUUACCCCGGGCUGCCUGAAGUGUAUUUCCCUUUCGACAACACCCCAGGGUACCUCAGUCCUCUAGUUGCCGUACAAUUGCUUAAACCAGCAUUGCACCAGAUCAUCAACAUUCGAUGCAGAGCGUGGGCACAGAACAUCAGGUUCACGCAGAGCCUUAAGGAGCGUCUUGGCUCCACUCACUUUGAGAUUAUGAUCGACUAAACUUACAUAUCAAAAUUUAUUAUAGCUUUCAAUAAGACUUGUACGAAUAACGUGAACGGCUAUUCAACUUGUCAAAUCUUUGUGGUUUGGUUAAGUUGGAGUUUUUAUAACUUCACUUAGAUAGAUUAUAAUCUAUCCGAAAAUAAAAACUAUACGUAUAAUGUAAGCAGUAUGUAAUGAUGAAUCUUUCGAUAGUUUAUGAACUCGCAAGAUAUAUUAUAAUUUAAAUGUAUUUAAAAUUUUACGGUGACAUAAAUAAACGUGAAGAGAACCUAACAAAGGCGAGAUGACACGUUUCCUAUCAAACAGAAUUUAAAAUUAUUUAAACCGAGUCGUCUAAACGUCAAUUAAUGGAGUGCCUAGAGCGUCAAUAUCAUACAAACCUCGGACUUUUGUUACAGUGGAUGAAAAAAUUAAUAAAAAAAUGGAAUGUUUAGUUAAUAACAUAAAUAAAAAAGUUUACCUAUUGAAAACUUAUGUUUUUAAUUUAAAAAAUAAAUAAAUAGAUGAUUCAAAUAUUAUAAGGCAUGUUAGGCUGUAAAAUAUUUUUUUAUAUCAAUUAUUCAGUUCUUUAAUAUUACACGAAGAAAUAAAAAAUCUUGAGGAGAAAUUCAUUUUUCUUUUAAAUAUUUUUUUUAUCUUUUUUCAAUAAAAAAAUUAAAAAGUACAAAAAAUGUUUUGGUAAACUUUGAAAGUUAUAUUAGUAUAUAAAGAAGAAAAUGCCACCUCAACCAAAAAAAAUCAUUCACUGUAACCGUUUUCCGAGGUCAAAACCCUUGGGCGCUCCACUAAAUAAUAAAUGAAUAGACAUUAUUAUUUAGAGCAAGGGAGGUUAAAGUAUGAUAUGGCAACACAAAUUUUGACAUAAUUAUUUUUAACACACACGUUUGCAAGAGAAAUAUGUAUGAUGAUUUACAAGUUGUACAAGUUUUAUUGAAAUUUAACAUAGCAUUUAGUACAAGUGCACUUAUAUGUAGAUUUUAUGUAGCACGCGACUUAUUCGUGUGAAAUAUUUUAAAUAUAAUACAGCUACUAUAUAUUUUUCACGUACAAACGCGGAGUUAUGUAUACAAAAAUAGUGAAUUGUCAUCGUUCUAUUUAUUUACAACAUCUACAUCUUAAUUAUUACUCGAAUAAGCCGUUAGUGUACAGUGUGGAUGAGGCAUUAUGUCACUUUAUAAAAACACGUUUUCUAUACAUGUUAUUGUGAAUUUACAUAGAAGGUACUUAAAUUGUAAAGACUAAUAAUAUACUAGUCCACGUCAAGUCUUUGAACAACCGAAAUGCAUUUGAAAUAGGUAUGAUUAAAACAGCGAAUAACUGCUUCGAAAUGGUUACAACGGAGACAUUUUUGCGACAAUAUAUAUUUUUUUAAAUAAACCAAUAAAUCCUUUAUUAUUAUUAUUAUUAUAUUAUACCCUGUACAAGAUACCUUGACCUUUUUGACAGAUGUAAAUUUUUUUGAUCGACAUCACAUUGCAAUUACGAACAUAUUACAUAUUUUCUUAAUUUAAUGAUUUUAAAAAUUGUAAAAUAUUGAAAAACGUACAUAUAAUAUUAAAGGUUCGUGUUAUCUGAAAAUUUUAAGGCUUUUUCUAUUAUAUAUUAUUGCUUCAAAUUUAAAAGUAAAUAGAAACACUGAAAAUAAUAGACGCUUGUACAAUGUUACAUCGGUCGGACGGUAGGGACGCGAAUAACAGGCGGUAACUGCUACAAAUGUCGAUUACAAAAAUCCUUAUUAAAGAUCAUUGUUAAGUUAUUGUUGAGAAACGGGGGUCCUUUUGGUUGUAGUCUCUUUCGCUAGUGAUUAGGGUCUCUUUAGCUGGUAUAAUUCUUUUUAGAAAAAUAAUUUAAAUCACUAGCCCGUUUGUCAAAAAGAUCAAGCUAACUUGAACAGGGUAUAAGUCAAUUGUUUAAAACAAUCAUGUGUCAUAUGUGACUCAAGUUCCAUGGAUAGGGUUAAUACUGAAUUUGAUGUUAAAUAUUUAAAGUGUAGUUUCACCGGAAAGUAAAUGUUCAAUUUCGUACACGAGAACAAUGUUUCGAUGCAAAAAUUGACUUCAGUCUCGUAUACUAAGACGCUUGUUUUUCCAUUCAAAGUAAGCAAAUAUAUUGUAUUAAAAAUGCGUUGUAACUAUUUUACUGAUUUACGUAUAUUCGUCUUUGAUUUAGAUAUGAAACUUAAUGUUAUUUGUAAUGUGGAAUAGGUAAUAAAAUGUGAUUGUUGUCUAUGACGUCAUGUUAUCUUUUAUUUUAUCUGUGCUGAUGGUAUAAUUAGAGAUAUUAUAUUAUUGGGCAUUACUUUAAGAUUAUUGUUCUUGUCUUUUAGUUUAUUUUUGUAAAAGAUCUCAGAAGAAUAACUAUUUUUUCGUUCAUCUUACAUAACAAACAUUUGGUCCGAAAGUGUACGAACCAU